UAAACUACAAAUAAUCAACAUGAGAUUAUAUGGCAUUAGCUUUUAAUAUACCAUUUUGUGACGAAACUUGUUACUAUUGCUUUAACAUUAUAAUACAUAUAAUUUCUAGCGUUUUGUUCACAUUGAAUUGUGUGCUACUUGUCUAACUGCAUUUGUCAAAUUUCAAAGCCUUGAUUCAUAUGAGAAUAACGAAAAUACACAGGUUUUAUAGAAUAUCCUAUUAAGCAGGAAUGUAGUGAAAAACUUACUCAUUUGAAAAAGUAAGGUAUGAUGUUUUAGACAGCAAAUUGCAUUGAAGAGAUAUAUAUGAUAUAUGUACAUUAUGAUGCAAUAAAUUUUACACUGCAUUUAAACUUCUCUUCAUUUGCUGAAGAUGUUUUGCAAGCGAUCAAAAUUAUGCAAAAAAAACGCUUCAGUUUUAAAGCACGCCAUUCAAGUAUAUAAUGUUUUAUGUAUUACUUGAUAUUACGGGCAGCGGGGUUGAUCAGUUAUCGCCUGUGAACCGAGGCUUACAGGCAAUCCAGUGGAUCAUGGAUAGCAACCAUUAUUUGCAGCGCAUCUCGUUUCCGGGAAUGCAUUCCCUGACCGCAUUCCCUGAUUUAAAACAAUUUUCUCUCUCUUUUGGCGCAAUCUUUGGCCUAAGAUAAAUUGGGUGGUUGUAACAACCAAUUAUCUACCAUGGUAAUGGAAGAUUGCUGCCAUUUUUGGCUGUGAGGAUCAAGCUUUGAAAAGAAAGAAACUGAUCUCAGCUUGCUUCUUUUGCAGUUGUUUAGUCAGGCAAGUCACGUCGCCAGAUACUGAGAAACAAAGAGCCAGGGCAUACGGUUCGGCCUUGGCCAGGCCCAGGCUAAUUUGAAUAGGGAUUGUUCACAAAAUUAAAAAAACGCGUUUAAAGUAUCUAAACACGCAACAGAUAAAUUAUUCAUUGCUGCCCUUUCAAGCAUUUAUUAAUCUGGCUUCAUUUUUUAUAGAAAGACUUGAAAUAUUAAUUUUCAUUCAAUGUUUGUGAUUGAACAUUUUUUAGUCCUUGACUUCAACCUACUGCAAUUCUUCAUUUGGCCACAGCACCAGUAUGUUUAUGUUGCAAAGGUAGAGGUGAUUUGAAGAAAACUUUGAACUUCGGGUAAGAUUUUUCUGGCGCCCUUCUAGCCAUUCCAAGAUUUUGUCCGUAUGAAGUUGAUUUUAAAAUAGUUUUUGCCUAAUCGAAAUUAUAUAUCCUUUUUUAUCUUGAUCAUUGCAAAGCUUGAACUAAGGCAUCUACGUAAUACUAAGAUUUGAUGGAGAUGCGGACCUAGCAUCAACGCGGUUUCAAGAGUACUAUAUAACUUUGAUGAAGAAAUGUCACCUCAUUCUGUUUCGGGCAAACAAAGAAAGAGUUUAUAUACAUAUGAGUGAGAUCCAGCUUGAAGAUUUCAAUUGACAUCAAUCUUGAUUAGAAAUAAGAACGUUUUUUAAACCAGUUUGUCCAUCAAUGCUCAAACCCGUAUUUCAACUUUCUUGUACCGAAAAGCUGAAAUUGUUAAUGAAGACAUUCGCUAUUUCUCAGUUUAGCUAUUGUCCCUUUAAUUGGUUAUUGCACGAUAGAAAAUGGAAUAAUAAGGCAAAUAGCAUUCAUGAAAAGGCCUUAAAAAUUUGCACACAGAGACAAUGUUUCUUGUUUUGAAAAUUAUUGCAAGCUGAUAGUACGAUGAAUCAUUUAUCAGACGUAUUUGCAGUUGCUCACGGUAGAGAUCUACUAAACAGAAUCAAUUUUGGAAAGGAGAUACCUCGCAAUUUAAGGUGUGUCGAUAACCUUCCAAAUGUAAAAACAACUUGCUUUAGAUUCGAUCUGAUCAAAUUAAUGGUGAAAAUGUACGAGAGACACAAACCAAUUUUCGUAAAUAGUUGGCCUUAAUUUAUAUUUUAAACUAGAUUCAUUUGCAAUCUUCAAAUAAAAGUAUUACUUACAAUAAUGAAUGGUUGGGCCUGGAAAACGUUGUGCUUACACAAUCCAUGCCCGUGAUGAAGGCAAAUGACAAAAAAUAACACUGCUUGGUCGAUAGAACAAAUCAUAAUGUCUCUGAUAACAAUAUUUUUUGUUGGUACAGAAAAUUAUAAACGGCUUUGAAAAUAGCAUUAGUUUUUAAUCAUUAGUAAUGUAGUUGUAUAUAGUUGUCUAUUGGCCAUGGGGUAGUCAUUAUCUUUCGCUUUCAUUGGUAUCAUACAUCAGGUGUAGUAUAGUAACUAGCAGGGACGCCGGAGAGGGGGGCGCAGUGGGUCGACCGCCCCUGUUGCCUUUUGAUAGGAGGGACGAGAGGGGCUAAAGUGACCUUUUCAUAGAAGUAUCCUUGACGCCGGCCUUUUGUAGGAAAUCUUUGAGAUUCACACGAAAUCCUGAUUGUAGUGCUUAAUAUAUGACGACAGUUCUCGAAACUUGUGAAGAAAUUUCUUAUACCAAAAUUUAGCCGAUUUUUAAGAUACCGACAGAAGACAGAAAGGAAAUGACAGUUACCAAAGAAUUGUGGGUAGCUGGGAAUUAAUUUUUUCACAUGCCCUUUUACUCAAGUCUGUCCCCUUGCCCCUUGGUCGUUCUGGCGCCCCUGGUAACUAGGAUAAGUAUAGUAGAAAAUAACAUGUAUUAUAAUAUUGUAUAUGCAUUGAAAAAAGCAGGCAUUUUGAGUCAUACUUAAACUUUAUGUCAGAUACUCUCCAGAGUAUAAAACGAAUUUAUUCUGUCAAAACAAUAGCGGCUUUCAUGUUUAUAUAAAUAGAUUUCAAAACUGCUAGAUGGAAAGACGAUCAGGCUCUACCAAUGAAAAGGGGAAAGUGGCAAUCUAAAGUAACAUGAUAAUAUCAUUGAGCAGUUUUUCAAUAUGCAGUUUUAGUAUAAAAUGUAUAAAAGCUCUGAGUUCUAGUACCAAUCACGAGUCACUUGUCAACAUGAUAAAAAAUGUUUUGAAUUCUUUUGAUUGUAAGAUUAAAACUUGUCAGUCUUUCAAAGGCGAAUUCUGGAUUAUUACGAGGAAUUCACUCAAAAGCAGCGCCGAAGAACCGAGAAAAAUGAUCGACCAGGGAAAAGUCACGAAGAUUUCUGCACUUGGAAUCUUGUCUCUGAUCUUCGUGAAGAACUUGGCAAUAAAUGGAGAAAUCUUGCGUUUAUCCUGUGCGGUAUUUGGAAAUUUCUCGGUGUUACAUCAGGACAGGUCGUUAGCAGCGACUUUUCGUACACUGGACGGCGUGGACGAGCAAAGCUGCAAAUCUAACUGCAUCAUGAACCAUCAAUGCAAGUCUAUUAACAUAAAUGAAGACGAAAGCAUUUGCGAGUUAAACUUCAGAUCUGAUCAAGACCCAAAAGACACCAUUCAGACAUAUUAUAGACAAAAAUGGAAAUAUCUUUCUACAAAUUAUACGGAAACCUUGAUUGGACGUAACUGCAAAACCUUUGGUAAAUGUUCCAAUGGUUAUAAAUGUUAUGAUACCUGCUCGUGCCCAGGCUAUCAGUGUGUUGAAAUAGAUGAGUGCGCAACUGGUACUCAUAAUUGUCACCAAAAUGCAAAAUGCUCAAACAGCGUCGGGUCGUUUUCUUGUCAAUGCAACCAGGGUUUUCAAGGAAAUGGCAGCAUUUGUAAAGACAUCGAUGAAUGCAAAGAAAAUUUACAAAACUGCAUCAUUAGCCAAAUCUGUCAGAAUUCAACCGGAUCUUACUCCUGCUUUGCGUUUCAUAGGUAUUUUGGGAAAACAAAAUCUUGGCUAGGCAUCAGCAACAUUGCUUAUAACAAGGCAUCGAGUCAAUCAUCGACUGAUGAUCCUGGAAUACUCUCUAGCGUGGCUAACGAUGGUAAUCGCAUAGUGCGUGAAAAUCUUUGCAUUAUUACUUUAAAGCAAUGGAAACCUUGGUGGCGAGUGAAUCUCAACAGAAAAGCUGCUGUCAAAGGCAUUAUCGUCAUUUUUCAAUAUAUUUUUGGUGGUGUUCUGCACAGUGUCAGCGUUGGUAACGACUAUAGCAAUGGAGGAAUGAAUAACCGACUUUGCGUAGAGAACGUGACUAUCGAAUACAGAAAAUUACGCAUGCUCGUUUGCCAAACAACGUUGUAUGGGCAAUACGUUACUGUCUUCACAUACCGUUAUGCUCGUUUGAGAGUGUGUGAAGUUGAGGUCUAUGAAGCUAAUGUGGCAUACAGUGGAACAAUCAACGAGUCAAAAACAGUGACUAUCGAUGGCACAACUUUGGAUUCAUUCUCAACGUAUGGUAACACUACUGGCCAAAUUCGGUCGCUCACUCCUUCCUCUGAGGCAAUUGGAAAAUCUUGGUGGAGUGUGGACUUAAGGAGAAAAGCCUCAGUUAAUAUCAUAGUUUUGAAAGUUGGUUUCUAUUGGGAGAAUCCUUUACCGUUUAAUAUUAGUGUUGGUGAUUGGGUUUCCCGUUUUAGAAAUGUGAACCAAUUUUGUGUCACUGACGGGCAUGUAAAUAAGAAUGGAACAAAGACCUUUCAAUGCCCAAAACCAUUGGUUGGAAGAUAUGUAACAAUUUUUGCAAACAGAACAACAACACUACAAAUUUGCGAUGUUCACGUUUACGAAGGUUUCUACUCUUGCAAUGAUUGGUUUGCAUUUGGAGAGAGAAGAAAUGGCAUCUACACAAUUCUUGAUGAACAUAAUGCAGCAUUCAAUGUAUACUGUGACAUGACAUCAGAGAAAAAUUCCUCGUGGACUCUAGUCGCCUCCUACUCUUUGGAAAAUUUGGAAUAUUUCAAAACAGUGCCGUUCUACUUCGACCGUCCUUUAAAUGAGAAUAACUUUCAAUGGGGAAUGUAUAGGCAGCAAAAAUCCAAAAUGAUGAAACUUAUUACUGUUUCGUCGAAUUGGAGGUUUACAUGCAGUUUUCCUGACUAUGGAAUUGAUUACCGUGACUAUUUAAGAGUCAACACUACUCAGCUUAACCCAUUGACCUAUAAAGGCACCGGAAACCAUGCAAUUGUUGAAUUUUUGAAUAUACGAGGACAGAGUGCAGAAGAUAUAUCGAUUCCAUUUUGGCAACAAGAUCAUGCCAUUCUUCAUACAGACUCAAGCCAGCCUGAAUAUCCUGGCGCCUUUAAGCUGGAAAGUGUUUCAAGUGAGGACAAUUUUGGUUAUUAUGAUAACUGUAACUCAAAAUUUAGAUGCACUGAGAGGCAAAACAGUACAACCCAGCUUUGGUUUGGGGGAUUGCGAUAAAGAUAAAACCAAACUGAGAUAAUUAAGUUUAUCAUUACACUAUGUAUGAUGCUUGCUAAAAAUACUAGGAACAACCAACAAUCUAUUUUGUGAUUUGUAUUUGUAUUUCAUUUCCAACAAAUUACUUUUUGCUUCCCCUACCAUUUGAACAAUGUUGAUAGUCAAGACAUAUUAUUUAUGAGUUACUCAAGGAAAGAUUUCUCCUAAUCUCAUUUGUCGUUCUUAGGGGAAGAGGGGAUGAUUGACGUUGUUGGUAUUGUAGAUAGAGGAUUUUCGUAGAUAGAGAUUCAAUAAUCAUCUCAUUUUGCUAGGGGUGUUGCGACUAUAUCCUGUGCCCAUACGGAUAAAAGAUUUCAAGGGUUGGAAAGGUCCGUUAUUAUAACAUUAAUAGAGUUGUUAUGAAUUACACGCUAUAGAGUAAGAUUGACAAAAUGUAUUGCAGAAGUUUGUGUCAGCAACUAGAAAAAAAACAGGCAUUUAUUUUUUUAUCAGGUAAACUCCUAGUCAAUACAAACACCCCCCCCCCCCCCCCCUCCAAAAAAGGCCUGCCUCGCGACGGCCAUGCAUUUAUCUAUCAGACAUCUUUUACUAAAGAAAUUGCCAUCAGCAAAAUCUUUUGCAUACUGAUUAAUGCAAGACAGAACAUGAAUAAUAGUUGUGUAGCUCUGUAGUUAGGUAGAUAAUAAAGGUAGGAGAGAUUGGUAUAAACCAUAAUGUGUUCGGCCAUCGAAAGGUUUUGGCUUGUUUAACAGCUUUUUGUGUAGCUUAGCCCCGUGAGUAAGAGGCAAGUGGGUCGAUUGUGUCCCUUAACAAAGAUGGGCACACUGGUGACCAAACUGCCGCUUUUUAAGAUAUGACUUUAAGUAACACGGUUGUUUUGAAAGAUCAUAUCUUUACUGGGGACGUUAAACAAUGUUUUACGAAUAUAUACUUCGACUUAAUAUAGAAGAUAACGUGCAUUAUAAAUCCAUAUUAAGCACUGUAGAAAGAUUUAAAAAACUUAUUAUAAAAUAUAAAUUGGAGCAAAAUUUAUACAUUACUAAAAACUUAUUUUUUGUGAUUUCUGCUAGGAUUGCAUUACCAUAUUUUGAAACUUAUUAAAAACUUCGCACGCUUGGGGAAAUCUCCUUUGUACUCUAAGCUGUUAGGCCCAUAUCCAAGAGCAAAAGCAAAUUAAUCUCAAGGUUCUGUAAUUCGAUAUAUGAGUACUGUUUAUUUCUUCAGAUACUAGGCUCCUUACGAUAACAAUGUAUGUAUUAAUUCAGUUUCGCGAUACUCGCGUUCACGUCAGUUCUUCAGAUUACAAUCAAAAUCAAAACCAUAACCAAGGUGGUUGCGCAUGACCAAAAUUGUCAACUAUUGUCUUACCGAAUAUGGUAAAAAUGUCCUUAUAUGUGCUAUUUCUUACAAAACUACUUCGCGUGAAUUUGUAAAAAUAACUUAUAUUAGAUUUUAUUUUUGCUUGCUUCAAUUUCUCAUGUUCUACCAAUCUUAUAAAGAAAUAUUAUCUUUGGUAGAUUUUCUGUAGCGCUUACCAACACACGAUGAAAGAACAAGCAAGGCAACAAUGUGAAUUACUUUAUACACGCACACCCUCAGUUUUAUAUGUAACACAUGUCAACUGGGGGUACUCAAGAUUCCUAACUUAACCUUGAGAACAUAAGUUUCAUUCAAAGUUUUUCUUCGGGGACUCUUUUUAUGACGUCAUUAAUACAAACAUUGGCUAUUCUUCAUCGAAUUUUAGCAGAUAUUUAAAUAUUUUGUUGUGGUGGGGUUUUUGCAGUUACAAAUCUUGCGCCUUGUCAUAACUUUUGCCACAAAUUUUCACCCAAUUUUCUAGUUCUCAGAUUUUUUAAAAUUUUUAUCGGGGAAAAGCCAAAAAAUCUCUUUGUUAAACAUUUGGCAUUUUGUUGCCCACGAGAGUUCUUUUCAUUACAGAGCAGUCGAAUUAUUCAUGCGCAGAUGUACCAUGAUACCAGCCAAAUGUAUCAUAACAUGAACAUUGUGAAGGUGUCACAUAAUAUUAUGCCAACAUCAAUUACAAAUGUAACUUACUCCAUAUGUGUAACAGUGUAUAAAUUAAAUUAUUACGAUGGCUUUGUCUCACUAAAAAUUAAAUGCAUUUGUUUUUGAAUAUUAUAAUUUGAUGAUGCAUAAAGAAUGUCUUACGUGUGGCUUAAAUUUUACGUACAGCGUUUACAUUAACUUCUUGUUGUCUGCAUAUAUAAAGUAGUAAAUUUUCAUAGAGGUUUUGAAAGCUUUUAGAAGAUAGCUGCUAGCUUUUACAUAUUUUACACUGUGAUUUGCGGGAACACGACAGUAAUUCAAAAUCUCGACUCUAAUUGAAUCAUACCAUAUUACUGUGGCAAAUAAGUCAAGGGUAGUGCAUUCCAAUCCAAUGUUGAGUGGUGGCAGUGCAUCGAAAAGCUGCAUUUCGGGAUCCAUAGUAUCCAAAAUAAUCUUCACUGUUAACGGGUCCUUCCUUUGCUUGCAAAAAAUUGAUAUUUUUUGCAGGGUCAAUGUGAAAAUGUUCUCCUUCAGGUUGCCAAAAAUCAUCUAAUUGCUCCGUAGUGCUGUACCCCUCUAAUGUUUACAAUUUCGACAAGUUUGGGGGAUGCAUGUAUAUAACAGCAAAGUGGAUCAAAUGCAGAAAGUUUGAAUCUGACGUAGUCUCGAUAAUCAAUGCCAAAAACAUCGAAGCUGCAUGUUGCUCUCCAGUGGGUUGAUCUUAACUUGAGUUUCUCGAUCCUUGUCUUGCUGAGUCUAAAAAUGUGAAAAUAUAGAUUAAGAAGCAUAUUCAUUUUUUCUUAAUGCUCUAGUAUGUGCGAGAAUAUUAUUAUUAAAUCCGACUAGUGAUCAAAGAUCGUAAAGAGCUUGAAGCACCUUCGAACCCUCCUGUUCUAUAAAUCACAGCUUUGAUAAAGGCUUGGUAUAAAUACCUUUACCUAAACCUCUAUCAAACGUAGAAAGCAUUUCCCAAUUAAUUUCUAAACUUGUUUUUAUUCAACACCAAAUAUGUAUUUUUGUUUGUUUUAUGAUUAUUAUCAUUAUUUUUACUAUGCAAAUGAUGAUUAGAAGUCACACAUUGCAUUGUAUCAUU